AUGCCUGGGACGUCGUCGCUGUUCAUGGGAGGUGAUCAGAAAAAACUCAUCCAGUUCGAUCUAGAAAAGCAAAAAGAACUCCGUGUGGCUAACAUCAAGGAGAAGAACGCUAAUCUCAUAAGGUUGAAUGGAAGUCAGCUGUUUACUUCGGACUCUGAAGGAAAGAUCACACUUCGAGCACUAGGAACGAUGGACACGAUACGAGUGAUUUCAGCACAUGGUGGAAUGAUAACGGACUUUGACGUUAAUGGAACAAAACUGAUAACGUCAGGAUGUUCUAUGAGCACAAAAGACGAACAUUCUGAGAAAUAUGCGCAAGAUUGA